GCGUGUCUACAUCGGAUAGUAAAGUCAGCUUCACCCACUUGAAUAUGCGCAAGUGUUGCGCUAAAAAAAGCUCGUGAAAGCAAACAACGAGAGAUCGUCAUGUGCUUCCUGAAUGUGUUAUCAUGUGACACUUCCUCAUCGCGUUCUUCGUCUUGCUUUGUGCAAUGGAUGUCUGUCUAAUUCAAACUUUGAUAUUGUUUUGUAGUUUAAUAUGUUGUUUUUGGGCAGAUACUUCUUCAAACAAGUCGACUCCGAACAUUAUCAUCAUUCUUAUGGAUGACAUGGGCUGGGGAGAUUUGGGAGUGUUUGGCCAGCCCUCCAAGGAGACCCCAAACCUUGACUCCAUGGCUGCCCAGGGGAUGCUGUUCCCCAACUUCUACGCAGCUAACCCCCUCUGCUCUCCAUCCAGAGCUUCACUUCUGACAGGACGAUUACCAGUUAGAAAUGGAUUCUAUACCACCAAUGCCCAUGCCAGGAAUGCCUACACACCCCAGGAGAUAGUAGGAGGGAUCUCAAAGGAUGAAAUUCUAUUACCACAGGUACUGAAGAAGAAGGGUUACGUCAGCAAGAUCAUCGGCAAGUGGCAUCUUGGCCACAGUGCUCACCACCUACCUCUGGAGCAUGGUUUUGAUGAAUGGUUUGGUGCUCCAAACUGCCACUUCGGUCCCUACAACAGCAGCGACAGGCCUAAUGUCCCGGUCUAUAACAACUCUCAGAUGGUGGGAAGAUACUAUGAGGAGUUUGGGAUCGAUAAGAAAACUGGGGAAUCUAACCUUACACAAAUCUACUUGGAGGAGGGCCUUGACUUCAUAUUUCACCAAAACAUGGCCCAGCGGCCGUUUUUUCUCUACUGGGCAGCAGACGCUACGCACGCUCCGGUCUACGCUUCAAAACGGUUCCUGGGGAAGAGCCAGAGGGGGCGGUACGGUGAUGCAGUGAUGGAGCUAGACUACAGUGUUGGACAGAUGCUGGCCUGGCUGCGUGCUCUGGGCAUCGACAAGGACACCUUUGUGUUCUUCACCUCAGACAACGGGGCCGCAGUAAUGUCCGGCCCCAAGCAGAGUGGCAGUAAUGGUCCGUUUCUCUGUGGGAAAGAAACUACGUUUGAGGGUGGAAUGAGGGAACCUGCCAUCGCCUGGUGGCCUGGACACAUCCCAGCAGGCACGGUGAGCCAACAGCUGGGGACUGUGAUGGAUCUGUUCAGCACCAGUCUGUCUGUGGCCGGCCUCAGUGUUCCUGACGACAGGCUCAUAGAUGGACUGGACCUCAGCCCUGUCCUCCAUAACAACACACUCAUCAACAGGCCCAUCUUCUAUUACCGCGGCAAUGAGAUGAUGGCAGUCAGGGUUGGGCCUUACAAGGCCCACUAUUGGACGUGGAGCAACUCGUGGGAGGAGUUUAACCAGCACUGCCUGUCGCUGGUGGAGCGUUCUCCCCUCCUGAGUAUCCUGCUCUCCCCUCCUGCUGAGUAUCCUGCUCUCCCCCUCCUGCUGAGUAUCCUGCUCUCCCCCUCCUGCUGAGUAUCCUGCUCUCCCCCUCCUGCUGAGUAUCCUGCUCUCCCCCUCCUGCUGAGUAUCCUGCUCUCCCCCUCCUGCUGAGUAUCCUGCUCUCCCCCUCCUGCUGAGUAUCCUGCUCUCCCCCUCCUGUGCCCUGAGAAGUGAGAAUGUGUUCUCUCCUCCUCUAGGCACCCUUUAAAAUUUGUCCUGCUCCUCUCCCUCAGAAACCUCUGUUUCAAACGUGCAAGUUUGCAUUAUGCCCCAUCGGUUGCUUAAAUUGCUCUCUCCUAGAGGGCCGCUGAAUCAAUAGCAGCCUCCUUUAUCAGCUCAUGUGAACUGGAGUGGAACUUCACAAAUAAUGGCGUCUGAUUGCCUGUGUGUUGCCUAUCGAUUGGUAUGUGUGCGUGUGUCCGUGAAUGUGUGUGUCUGCGAGCAAAAGAUGGUUUGAAGGGGAGGCUCUGGGUCUCCAAAGCUGUGACUCUGAGAGUUAAUGUGUCGGUUCUUCACCAGAACGGGCAGCAUGCUUUCAGAGCUUCACAAUGACCCUUGACCUUCACAUCUCACCCGAGAGCAUCCAUCACACAGAAAAACCACUCUUUAUUUCAAGCGGUUUUAAAUGGGUCUGAAUAUUGUGCUGAAACGUUGAUCCAUCAUUCAAGCGUACUAUUUUCUCACCAGUUGUAAGUAAUGUUGUGCAUUUACUAUUUAUGUGAAGUAAAAAAUAAAACAAG